AUGUCGCGUGUCUUUGUCGAAGGCAACGGUGGCGAGCAACAGAACAGCUUCGCACAGCGGGUGUACGUGAACAACAUGAACACGCUGCAAGCCACCACAUCCCUGCCGGAGCGGGCGCCGUACAGCCUGCUUGAGCGCAACGUGGAAGCCCCCGGCUCGUCGACCGCCAACUACGUCGGCACUCGUCUUGCGUCUAUCAGCUCCCCUCGCGGGGGGCGGGGCCGCCGCGGAGCCUCAGGCAGGCUGCAGCAGAGCCGAGAGACGCAGCGCGCCUUCGCGGAUGGCGGGAGCGCGGCAGAGAAACAGCGCGGCGCGGAGCCUCUCAUGGCCAACGGCGAAGCAGUGCACGCGAACUUGCAAGACGUCUGCAGCCGCAUCAUGCGGCGACUGCAGCGUCAGAUGAACUACGCCGAAGUGUCCCGCGCUUCUCUCGCGGAGCAGUACGGCGUAGACCUGCAGCUGGCGUAUGAGCGGGACCAGCAGGAGCUGAAGGCAGCGGACACGGGCUCUCAGCGAAGCACACGUCACCGCUGCUGCACCCCGGCGUCCCGCCAGCUGACCUCAACCUCCUCCCCUCCCAUUCAUCCGCUCCCCGGCGAGAGCGAGACGGACACCGUUAGUCGACCAAACCCUCGCCUUUUCACAGGCAGUCGUGUGAGCACAAGCACCACCAAGGUACCCGAGCACGACUCACCAGGGCCACGGGGCGAAACCACCACCACAGCACGCGCCGGUGGUAGAGGUUCUUCGCGGCUGAUUCAGUUUAGGGUGGACGCCAGCUCGCGCACCUCCGGCGCCGUGGGCGGCACUGCCGCACCGGCGGCGAUGGACGUGAGCGAUGCAUCGGGCGCUGGGGCGCCGGCGGCGGAGGAGGAGAGCAGGCUGGAGCGCGAUAUCGCCGCGCAGCCCUGCCCUCUCCCAUUGCGGCUCGUCAUUCAGCAUGUGUUGGGCACCUUGCAGAAGAAGCUGUCGCUCGCCGAGGGUGGAUCGCUGAGGGACUGCAUUGUCUUCUCCUUCGAAUCGCGCGCGUUGUUGGACCGGCUUCUGAAGGAAAUCCCGCUCUACUCGCAGUACAGCGCGAGCCAAGACACGGCGGCGGUGGCAGGGGCCACCCAGCAAGACGUGGCGCUUGUGUAUCAGAAGCUUCGUCAGAAGCCGGUGUUGCUGCCUCGCGCCGGCUACGUGGAGGACCCUGUCACAGGCGCGAUACACGGGCAGAUCUUGGGCGGAGGUACCGUACAGAGCGAGUCCGCCCGCGCUUCAGCAGCAGUGGCCGCUCCGACUGCCGCCGUGUCACUUCCCGCCAUCGUCAACGCGUCGAGCAGCUUCCGUCCCGGCGGCGCCGCGCCACAUGGCGCCUUCACAGUCAGCACAGGCUCGAUGAGUGAUGUGCAGCUGCCGUCUGGCUACGGCAAGUCGUCGCGGCUCAACGAUGCGACGCUGCAGGGCGGGGCCGCGGCUGGAUACGGCGACCGUCAGCACCAGCAUCAGUUGCUGCGGGAUCACAUGAGAGGGGGCAGCGCUGCUGGCGGUGGAAACUCCGCAUCCAUGAGUGAUGCUGUAUCCGCGCAGAACUCAGCCACGUCGAUGAUGGAGUCUGCCGUGGCAUCAGCGGCGCCGCCACCGGGGUUUGAGGGUGCUCAUCACGCGACGCGCCUUGUGAGCAUUGGCACCGUGACCGAGGAAAACAAUAUAACGAUGGUGCCGAGAGCCGACUACGCGGCAUUGCAGCAGCGGAUAGAGGCGCUUGAGGUGCAGCUGGACGACGCGCAGAUGUACCGCAAUGGCCUGGCGGAUCAGCUGUGCGAGGAGCUGCAGUACACCGAGAAGAAGAAGCGCGUGCUGCAGUACUUGCGAGAGACACUCGUGCGAGAGUGCACCAUGCUCCGCUCCCAGUUGCGCUUGGCAUCAGGGCGGGUCCAGAUGCUGCAACAGCAGCAGUACUCGCCACCCCAGCCUCUCCGUGGGGUGAUGUUCUCUGGCGCCAACGACGCACAUAACGAGGGCCCCAAUGCCUCCGUCUUCGGCGGCGCCACGCGCAUGCGCAAGCAGUUGGGCACGAGUACCAUGUCGCCCAUGACGCUAUCACUAUCUGCCGAUGCGCAUGGGCAGCAGCACCGCCGAUACUCGCAGCGGUCGUUGACACAUCGUAUGAGCUUCAGCGAAAGCAUUGGGAGUGUUUACGGUGGUACCAGCGGUUGUGGUCGUGGGCGAUUGGCUACGAUGCAGCGGCACGUGAACAGCGGAUGCACCUCUCUAGGCACGAGCCUCUCAGCUGCUCCGCUGGGAGUGAAUGUCCCUGCGGCAGGUAUCUCUUCCCUCGCCGUCGGCAGCUGCACUGCUACUGGCGUGCCGGCGGAUGGCCAGCAGCCAAACGACCUGGAGGCGGUACAGAGUCUUCUUGACCUGGUGCUGCUUGCCGUCGAGGAGGAUGCGGUGCUGCCCUCGCACACGCUGCAGAUGGUGCGCAGCGGGCACGCGGACGUGGAGGCGGUAAAACACGGAUUUCGAAAAGAUGAGAAGCGGCAGGUCGAUGAGCUGCGCAACAAGUACGACGAGCGGCAGUACGCGGUGAAGAAGAACCUGAUCAUGCGCACCGCGGAGCAUAACUACCUCAUCGCGGAGCAGAAGCACGAGGUGCAACGGCUGCAGGCGUUGACCGACACGACGCGGGUUCGCGCCAUGCUUCAGCAGCACGUCGCCGACCUCCGCACGGAGCUGCAGCAGGUGCGCAUGUGUAUUACGGAGCAGAUUCAUUUCUUUAAGGCGGUCAUACAGAACACGGCGCAGAGCCUGCUCCAUCUCUCCGUUCUUGCCGAUAAGACGCUCAGCGAGAACCAGAUCCUCACCAAUGUCGUCAGCGCCACGCGAGAAAUGGUCGAGUCGGCCGGCGCGCUGCUCAUGCCGAUGCUCACGCACGAGUACCGCUGCGGCUAUCACCCAUGGCCGCUGAAGCUGCGCAACACCACCGACCCUCUUGCCCACAUCAUCCACCUUCGCUACGGCGCCGGCGAGGUGAUCCGCCUGCGCGACUCGCUCAACGUUUUCGCCCAGCUUUACGGCGCACUGCACCGCUACAUUUUGCGCCAGAUCGUCUUGCCGGACAGCACACGUCCGUCGGCCGGUAAGCCUCUGCAGCACCUGUGUGCGGCGCUGGCGCUGAACCCCAUGAGCCACACGGAGGUGGUUUUCACAGCCCGCCACGCGUACGACACGGAGAUGCAGCUGUGCAAGCGACUCGCGCGGUGCAACCUGCGACUCAUGUGGAACGCGUAUCUGCAGCGCGUCUACACCAAUCGCUCUGUCGCGGCCCUCGCCGAAGCUUGCCUGAACCCGCGGCUAGCAGCACUGCCCGUCGCUGCUCGCGUCAACGUCCUGGCCAAGGAGCGGGCGGCGCUACUUCAGGAGCGUGUGAACGUGCAGCGGGAGCGCACCGAAAACGCGAAGGGCAUGUAUCGCGUAUGGCAGGAGAAGGAGAUCGAUAUCAUGGAGGGCUACCCGGCGCCGCAGACGCAGCGCAAUCGGCUCGCACUGCUAACCGGCGAUGCCGCUGGUGGUAGCAACGCCAUGGGUGUUAGCGUGGACGGCAACGCGCUGGGCGGCACGAUGCAAGGCAGCUCGAACAUGGCUACCAUGGGGCGCUUUUCAAGGACGAUCGGCCGCGCCGCCAUGGCCCGCAGCGAAGCCGCGGGAGCGACAGCCAUGUAA